CUGCACUCACUGCAGUUCUCUGCUGAGGAAUUCAACAGAGGCUACAGACAUAAAAGUGGUUAUUUCUCCUUUAACCCAGGAGUUGCAAACCCAACAGUCUGGACCCUCAACUCCCCUCCCUCACCCUCCUCCCUCUAUUUACUGUCUUACCACUGCACCUGUUAUAACUUGUCCAGCAGGUGAAGGGGAUCUUGUGGUCUAACUCUGUUUUUUCAGCUGACCAUCACUGUAAGGUUAUUAGGAACUCUGUCUAUUCAUUUGACUGGAUUGCUGCUUUGCUUCAAAUCUUUCCCUGUGUCUCUGCAACCUACCUCCCUUUCCACCCUGCCUAUCCCUCCCCCCUCCCCCUACAUUGCUGUCUAGCCCAGUCUGAGCUUGGUUGACACAUUGUGGCUGUGGGUACGUGUGGAGCUGAUGAGAUUUCCCCGCUGGAGUUAAAGGUGAAUCACAUGGAAAGAGAAUACAGGAAAAAAGAGGGAAAUUGAAUUCUUUUUGGAGAAAAAAAAACGGAUGUGAGCUCUGGGCAGCUGAAACAGAAAAGCAGUUACUCCAAAUCAAAGGAUUUUGCAGCUGGAAGAUCAGCAGGUAUGAAACGUCACACUGUGACUGUGUGUGUGGCUCUGAUUGCCCUUUGCUGCCUGCUGAUUCCCACAGGAGGGAGAAGUGCUGGGGGUAUAGUUUCUCUCCAGCAGUCUCAAAGGGAGAAGAAGCCUGCAGAAAUUGAGUUGCGAGAUGAGUCCCUGGAUGACCCAGAAAGUGUGCAAGAACUUACAGGGGAUGCACACCCACUGGGCAGCACCAUCAAGGUCAGGAGAGAGACAGAAGGGACUGGACAGGCAGAGAUUUCGGGCAGGGUGAGAAGAGCACCAGAUGAAAGUAAAAAGAAGAAGAAGGACAAAAAGAACAAACAACCAAAAGACCCAAAUGCCACCAAAAAGCCUAAAACUGACAAGAAGGGAAAGAAAAAGGACAAACUGACAACUACAACUCUACCACCCACCACAACAACCACAACUGAACCUCCCACUGAAACUGAACCAUACACAGACUACUACCCUGAUGUUGACAAUGAUUACUGGCAACCAGAUGAUGACUACUGGGGAGCUGACCCCACUCCAUCCAGGCCUCAGCCUGCGAUUCCAAGCACAGAGCCCACAUAUGAUUACUGGAAGCCAGAGGAGGGAGAGUCGACCCUUUCACCACCCAACAACUAUGAUGACUUCUGGAAAGGAGACGAGACAGAGCCUCCUGUGACAGAUAACUAUGACAGCUACUGGAAAGAAAUGGACCAGACCUCUGCUCCUUCUGAAAUUGAUGCGAAAGUUCAGACAGAUGACAGUGAUUACUGGGAUGUCACAUUAGAGGAGCGAGAAAAACUACCUUCUCCUGGCGGUGAAGAAGAAAUUGUAGUGGAAGUUCUACCAGAGCCCACGGCCACAGUUCCCUACGAAAGGACCUGGUAUGAUGAUUAUGAUGACUAUGGAAUGAGGAGGAAAGAGGAUGAGACAGAUGAAAAGUGGAUAGAGAAAGAGAGAGAAAGAGCCAAAAAGGAGAGGGAGAGGGAAGAACAAGAAAGAGAGCAGAAGCUUAAGGAGGCAGAGGAGCGGGCCAGGAACAGGCCACGUGUCUUCAAAGAGCCAAAGAAGUGUCCUCCUUUGGGGAUGGAGUCCCAUAAGAUCGAGUCAGACCAGCUUACUGCCUCCUCUAUGUCUCAGUACAGUUUUGCACCUCAAAGAGCACGUCUCAACAUGCAGGGCUCUGAUGAUGAGGAUAACAUGAGAGGUGGAGCAUGGUGCGCAAAUUCAGAAGACAGGAUCCAUUGGUUUGAGAUAGAUGCUCGCAGGGAGACAGAGUUCACCGGAGUCAUAACUCAAGGACGAGACUCCUUGAAUGAGAGUGACUAUGUGACAUCUUACUUCCUGGCUUUCAGCAAUGACAGCAGAGAAUGGACCACCAUCCAUGAUGGAUAUGCCGACUGGUUGUUUUUUGCAAACAGUGACAAAGACACUCCAGUGAUGAACCAGCUUGCAGAGCCGGUAUUGGCUCGCUACAUCCGAAUCAUCCCCCAGAGCUGGAACGGCUCUCUUUGUAUGAGACUAGAGGUCUUAGGGUGUCCGCUGCUGGAUCCAAGUGAUGUCCUGUACAGACAAAAUGAAGUGACUCCAGUGGAUUACUUGAAAUUUAAAUACCACAGCUACUCUGAGAUGGUUUCUCUUAUGAAGUCAGUGAAUGACGAAUGUCCAAACAUCACCAGCAUUUACAGCCUGGGUCUCAGCUCCAAGGGGCGAGAAAUCAUUGCCAUGGUCAUUUCUGGCAACCCCACAGAGCAUGAAAUAGGUGAGCCUGAGUUUCGCUACACAGCGGGUCUUCAUGGAAAUGAGGCAGUGGGUAGGGAGAUGAUCCUACUUCUCAUGCAGUACCUUUGCAAAGAGUAUAAAGACAGAAACCCCAGAGCCCAACGCCUUGUGGAGGCAAUACGCAUCCACCUAGUUCCCUCACUAAACCCUGAUGGACAUGAGAGAGCUUUUGAAGUGGGAUCAGAGCUCAGUAGCUGGGCCACUGGACACUUCACUGAGGAGGGUUUUGACAUCUUUCAGAACUUCCCUGACCUGAAUAGUUUCUUUUGGGAUGCUGAGGAUAAGGGCAUGGUGCCCAAACUCACCCCCAACCAUCAUGUGUCCAUACCAGAGAACUUUGAGACUAAUAGCUCGAUUGCUAUGGAAACCAGAGCUAUAAUCUCCUGGAUGAAAAAACAUCCAUUUGUGUUGGGUGCAAACUUCCAAGGUGGAGAGACAAUUGUGGCCUAUCCUUAUGACAGCUUUCGUCUCAGCAAGCCAGCUGAGAGCCAGAAACCACACAGCCGGCAGAAAAGACAGUAUGAGGAUGAAGGUUUUGAUGUAACGGAGUGGGGAAUGGGCUACCACGAGGAGCCAGAAGAAGACUGGAGAAAUCGGGGAUAUCCAGAGCCAGAGGAAGAGUGGCGAGGGCAUGGGUAUGAACAUGGUUACGACCACGACCAUGGCUACCAUGGCUACAAUCAGGGUUAUGACCACAGGGAAGAUGAGUAUGAUGAAAGAGGAAGGAGUGCUGGCUACCAGUAUGCUGAGCCUGAAGAUGAACCCCGGGUGAUUGCAGAUGAGUCCUUCUUCAGGUGGCUGGCUGUCUCCUAUGCCUCCACACACCUCACUAUGACACACAACCACAGGGGAUCCUGUCAUGGAGACACACCAGCAGGAGUAGUCGGACUCGUCAACCGAGCCAAGUGGAAGCCCGUCUCAGGCAGUAUGAAUGACUUCAGCUACCUUCACACCAACUGCUUUGAGCUGUCCAUUUUCUUGGGCUGUGAUAAGUUCCCUCAUCAGACCGAGCUGGCGUACGAGUGGGAGAAAAACAGAGAAGCAAUGCUCACCUUCAUGGAGCAGGUUAAUCGUGGUAUUAGGGGUAUUGUGAAAGAUCAGGAGGGGAAUCCCAUAGCCAAUGCCACAAUAUCAGUGGAAGGGAUUAAUCAUGAUGUUACUACAGCACAAACAGGGGACUACUGGCGGCUGCUUAACCCGGGUGAGUACCGUGUGACGGCUCGAGCUGAAGGCUUCUCCUCGGUCACUAAACUCUGUGUGGUGGGCUACGAGUCUGGUGCAACUGCUUGCAGCUUCAAUCUGGCUAAAUCCAACUGGGACCGCAUUAAACAGAUCAUGGCCCUUCAUGGCAACAAGCCAAUUCGACUUACCUACGCCAACAGCAGAACCCAGUAUCCUGUAGGUGGCGGGCAAAAGCGCUUGCCCAGUGGCAGCAAUGGGUAUUCUCCAAAUUCCAGUGCGGACCGGCGGAGGCGGCUCAGGCUUGCUCGUAUUCGGAAGCAGAGAUUAAUGAGGUUAAAAUCAAUGACAACAAGCACAUUACCCCCCACAACAACCACAGUUCCCACAACACCAGAGACCACUACAUUCUGGUACGACUCAUGGCCUAUAGAGGAGGGACAAUCCUCAACACCUGGUGGGUUCACAAACUUUAGCCUGGAUUAUAAUUACGAGUACAAGAUUGAUGACUAUUAAACAGAACACAAAUGGCUUGUUUCAGUAAACUUUCCUCCACUUGUUGUAAUUCUCAUUGCCAUGUUGUACUUUGAGUUAGAAAAAAAAACAUGAAACGAAGAAUCUGACAUCUUUAACAAGCAGUGAGAAUGUUCAGAAUAUUAACAGUAAAGUAGUGUUGCUUAACACUUGAAAUAAUACCUUUAUACAGAAAUGGAUCUAGUUGAAAAAGUGAUACCACCUUCAAGUUCACAAUACAUCUUCUGUCUUCAUUUAGUCUUUUUGUAAACACCAACUGUUAUAUGAAAGAGAUGUUUAUUGUAAAUGCACAUUUAAAAAAAAAGAAAACUGAACUGUUUACACUGUCUUCACCCAUGACAGAAAUGUUUUUACAGUACAGUCAGUGAUUACACAUGUAAAAAGAAAGCUCACAUUUCAAAACAGUCAGAGGAGGAAAUGUUUCCUCAGGCACCGAUGGGGUGCAAAUAAAGUCAUUUUAUUACACGA